AUGGCCAUCUGCGAAGGUUGCUUCGACGAACAAGGCACCAAGUACUACGUCUCCAAGCUGGUGAACGGAACCUACGUCUACAUGGACGAGUACUACUGCGACCGCUGUGCCCGGUCCCGCGGUCGGAAGAAAUAUCUUAUCGUGCGCGUCUGA